AUGGAUAAGCUUUCUGGUCUUGCUUCCAAGAUUGGCGGGGGCAGCAGCAGUGGCAGUGGCAGUUCCUCCAACGCAAACACUAGUGGCAAAGAGGACUACAUGGACAAGGGCCUCGACUCCGUCGAGCGCAAGUUUGGUGGCGGCAAGAUCGAUCCGGAGAAGAUGCGUGGCACCAAUGAGAAGAUCACCGAUACUGUUCGGGAAAAGUUUGAGUCAAUGACUGGCAAGGAAGUCCCAGAGAAGUUCUCGAAUUAG